UGUGACACCAUGACGGACUGCGGUACUACUUGUUGGUUAAAGUUAUCUGCUGGAAGGUCAGCCUCAAAUUUGGCAUUUGCACUAAGUUAACCAGAGAGAAAAAGAUACGGAGAAUUGAAAAUUUACUCUCUUGUACCUCAUCUUCAUCUGGGCUUAUCAUUAGCUCCCAUGAUCUGUAAGAUGCUUGAAAUGUUUCCACAGUAGUUAUUCUCCGAAAGAACUAUCAGGGCUGUCCAGCGAAUUAACUCUCCCCUCUCUAGUUUGAUUUGUCUCAUAUGCCAUGCGACAAUAUGAAAUAUCGCAUCACUUUCACCCUCCAUCUCACCAUGCCCCAAGCUCAGUCAACCGACGGGUUUUUUCUCCUGGAGGGCCCCUAAACACCGGCAUAUCCACGCUGUUACAAAUGUUCUCAUGAUGCAACACUUAAAGACACCGAGCAUACAGAUUUCUUCUUCAUUUAGUUUUCUUCCCCAUGUCGAACAGAAGGAUGCACCAUCACACUUCCAUUACAAACUCUAGCAUUUAGAAUUUUCAACCAUUGGGAAGUUUAGCGCUGCAUACCUUCGUUUAGUCUAUGGCAGCUACUCACCAGCCUUUCAAAUUACCCGCUUGCAUAUAAUCGUCCGCAUAUUUUAACAGGGCUUGUAGUUGCUAAGAGAGGUGCACCAGUUCCCUUACCACCCGCCCUCCAUCGUAGAUUGGGUAUUGCGGCCGUAUGUAAUCAUCUCGAAGGGGACACCGGAAGCAUCCCGGCUAUAAUAUAGGGAACUGAAUGUCCACCAUCCAAUGGGCGAGAUGUCUUAGAAAACCGUGCAUACUGAGCUUGCAUAAACUCACCGUCUGUUCAGAUGGUAAGCUUUUGAUAUAUACCGGAUGUAGCCUGGUAUUUUCCAUGGAGAUCAAGCCAGUGCUUCCUGCAUGAGCUUGCUUGAUGUCGAAACUCUUUUCCUAGACGCUCACUUCUGCACUUGAAACAAAAACGAAAAUAUGGCCAGCAAUGAGAUAUGAUCAAUGGUGCUCAUCCCGUCGAAAUUGGCGUAAGUAAGGCGCAGGAUGCCUUCCAAUAGAGGAAUCUCUUGAAUGGUAGUUAUGUCAUUGAAUGUUGAGGGGACUUGGCGGAAGAAAAAUGACCAGAGCAGGAUUUGUGGAUAUUCCGAACGACAAUGUGGGCGGAUCUAAAACGUCCCGGUGAUCUAAAUUCGCUCGUACCCCAAUCUUCUGCCCUACUUUUUGCCCGCUACAGCCAAUCAAUUGUCCUUCUAGACUGUGAUCUAAUCAUGAAAUCACGGAACAAAAGGCUCAAAGAAAUUGGCCGGUACGAGCAGUUCCAUCUUGAUGCCGUUUUGGAGACAUAUACCCUAGCCCUCUUCACCCGCGUACGCAAGUGGGAUAGGAAAGAAAUCAGCAUCCUUGUAGCACUUCUUAGUGUCGUUAAGUGA